UCGAGAGGCGGGAAGCAAUUCAUCGGAUAAAUGCGUUCCGCUGCGUCCAUGUAUUGUUUGCACUAUCUCUCUCAAUAGCUUCCUCCGAUCAGAUCAGACUACUUGCAUACUUGUGGAACUUUAUCAGGAAAAAUGUCAGCAUAUGAAAAUGUAGUUGUUGGAAAGUUGAAGCUAAAGGGCAAGGCUCUAGAUGUGAAGUCUGGAGGUGCCAGAAAGAAGAAGCACAAGAAGCUGCGUGAUCGUGCUCAUGUGUUCCGAGUCACACGGAAUGACCAAACAACAGGUGGAAGCGGUGGGUUGUCAGAUAACCUGUAUGAGAACGACAUAGAAACUGCGAAUGAACACGACAGCCAUCUUACACCAGCGGAGAGACGAUACCUUGAGCAAUGGGAGAAAAUAAAUAUGCGAAGACUAGCAAAGGAAGCCAUGAAAUCCCACCGUGAUCGAAUUCAAGAGUUCAACCAGUAUCUCGCUAACCUUAGUGAGCACUACGAUAUUCCCAAGGUUGGACCUGGUUAAUGCUACUACAUUGUAUGGUUCAAAACCUGGCAUUAUAUUCUAUUUCUAAGCAGAAUAUGACUAUGACUGGAUGCAAGUUUAGUGAUUUUCUUUUUGUAAUUGGACAGUGCUUCAUGUUAUGGAGCUCUUGGUUUAGUUUAUAGUCUAGGCUGAAUUCAGAUUA